ACCUUUAUCCUGUCUCCAUCCAUCAUAUCUCUUUCUCUCUCUCUCUCUCUUUCUCACUGUCAACCUCUUUCCACUUCCACAAGAACUCAGAACAAUUGAGCUCUCUUCCACUUAGCUCUAUCAUUUACCAUUUACUCUCUUUCUUUCUUUCACUGUCUUCUUCUUGUGUGGGACUAGAUAGGUUUUUUAUAAGUUCCCAGUUGCUUCCUCCUUUUUCGGGAAAAAUUAUAUUUGCCAAACUCACAAAAUGUUUGUUUGAAGAUAACAAAGUAAGUAAAAGCCCACCAGCAACAUCAAAACCCUUUCAAGGGUUUUUAGGAUUUGAUCAGACAAAGAUUCAAAAGAAACCUCAAACGAAUCAAACAAACUAUAAAUAUAUUUAUAGUUUGCCCUACUAAUCUUCUUUUCCUCUUCUUUUCUCUAUAUAUCAUCAUUUCUUCUCUGUAUCAUAAAAAAUUCUCAAUAAAGCUUGGUUAUGGUAUUGAUUCAUUAACCCUAGCCAAUGAACGUCAUGGGGUCGAUCUUCAAAUCUAUGUUUCUUGGGUUUCUUGAAUCUUGAUAGUUCGUCUUUCUUUUAGAACAAAAACACUUUCAGCAAUCAAGAAUUCAAGAUCAUCAAGAAAUCCCACUCUUAACAAAUGGAUUCUCUUCAAGAAUUUGAUUCCACGACUUCCACACUGCCUCUCGCCACCACUACAACCGCUGGCACCACCACGGUCUCCUCUUCCCUUUCCUCCACUUCCGCCACUUCCACUCUUAGCCGUUACGAGAACCAAAAGCGAAGAGACUGGAACACCUUCGGCCAAUACCUCCGCAAUCACCGUCCACCUCUCUCCCUCUCCCGCUGCAGCGGUGCUCACGUGCUUGAAUUCUUGCGUUAUUUAGACCAGUUUGGCAAAACCAAAGUCCAUACCCAACUCUGCCCUUUCUUUGGCCACCCAAACCCACCUGCUCCUUGUCCAUGUCCUCUCAGGCAAGCCUGGGGUAGCCUUGAUGCUCUCAUUGGCCGCCUCCGCGCUGCCUUUGAAGAACAUGGGGGAAAGCCAGAGAAUAACCCUUUUGGAGCUCGUGCUGUUAGGCUUUAUCUACGUGAAGUUAGAGAUUCACAAGCCAAAGCUAGAGGGAUUAGCUAUGAGAAGAAAAAAAGAAAGAGACCUCAACAACAGCAACAGCAGCAGAGCCCUGCAUUAUUGAUGGCGGCGCCACCGCCACCGCCAGCGGCAGCCACUAGUGCAGGUGAUGAUCACUAAAGGAAAAAAAAAAAAAAAUACCCCUACUGGUACUACGUAUUUCAAUUAAAGAACAAGAAUCAAUGAGUACUGCAAACCUCGUUAGAACUACUCGUUUUAGUAUAAUUUACCUGCAAUAUAUUUAUAUUUAUAUCUAUGAGUACUUAAUCUUGUUUUAUUUUUAUCUGUGUUGUUAAAUUUAAGGAACUCUAUUUAGACUGUAGCAGUAGUAAUAAUUAGAAGAAGAAGUAGCUAGUAUAAACAAGUUUGUGACUUAGCGUCCAAUUUGUCACAGAUCUGUAGCUUGCUAGGAGAAAAGCCAUUUAUGACGAGUAAUAGAUUUGGAGAUCAUGUUGUGUGUCUUUUUAUUGAAUUCCAUUUCUUUUGUUUCUUCUUUUUUUUUUUUUUUAUGGUUUUAUAAUAAUAAUGGCUACUGGCAAAUCAUCAUCUAGGCAUUAAAAAAGGGUCUGUGUCAGAUUUGUCAAGCACUAUAUUUGUAUGCAUUGUUUAUUUUUAGUAUCA